UCAUAUACGCUAAGAUUCUCAGAGAUUAUUGACAAAAUUACACUUGUUCUUACAAUGCUCUUAAUUCUAAAUUAACAAAAUUGCUUGUCUAACAUUGAGUAUGUAGAAGUUGCAGGCCAACUUAGAGAAAAAUAUAACGUGUGUGAAUUAUACGCUAGUUGUUUUAUAUUUUUAUGUCGCAAAGAUUUUGUUUCGAAUUCUUCCUGUAAAUACAGUUUCUGCUGUGUUCCACUUAAAACUUUUUUUGAUCACUGCAUGAUUUUGAGGUCAUCAGCAAAGAGUCUGUGAAUUCAGGAACAUAUUUUGUGUGAUAAAUCAUGAAGAUAGAAAAGAAAGGGGCUUAGAAAGGAGCCCUGAGGACCCCCCCCCCUUAUUACUGGCAACUACGAAAUCUCAUUUUGUUUUACCAUUAACCCCAGGUUCCAUUUUAAAACUAAUUUAGCACUGAGCUUGAGAAACCAAGCCUGUUGAAGAAUGGUGACAUGGUCGACUGUAUCGAAGGCCUUGCUAAAAAAGAUUAGUAACAGCAUACGAAAGUCAUCAGCUGAAUCAAUUCUCUUUUAGUGCUAAAAUGUGUGCUGAAGCCUGUUGGUUAAUGUUGUGGUGGCCAAAAACCCCGGUCGCUAAACUGGUGCCCACGACGUGAUGAUGUCCCUGUGACCAUUUUUAGUGACUGGGAGGAACGUGCUGCACAGAACACGCCACUCUUCAUCAUUGGCCUGCCGCUUGGAGAGGCUCAACCAUUGGGGGAACUAGGAGAUACCUUCCACGCUGCAGGCAGUUAGCUUGCAUCACCUCGAUAUAUAAUCACGGGCACAAUCUUAUUUGUAUUAUGCUUAUUUCAGACCCCCCUGACGAGGUCUCAACUCCCACUAAUUGAUCCUUUAAUCCGAGAGGACAGCAGGAUUUCCAGUUGUAUUAAUUGGCUUAGAGAUAACAAGUUUCUUAGGUUAAACUUAUGUUAUGUUUUUCAAUAGCGGUUUUAAGUCGUUACGUUACUAGUUUUGUGUCUCAAAACCUUCGUUGAACAAAAUGCGGGUCGUUGCUAGACAGUUAGUUUCGUUCCUCUCUAGAAAACACGGUCAAAAAUUGUACCUUUUAUUUAUAAAACAUAUACACAGAUUCAAUACGGUCAUUUUCCUAGAGGAAUCCUGGAAUAUUUUUACUGCAGAGCAGAAACAAGGCCUUUAAACUGAGUCGUAUCGCAGUAUGAAAGAUCAUUCCCCCCCUUCUUCCCUAGCAUUUGUUACGUGAACCCUAUGGUAGUAUGAUUAGUCUGCUUAUCUAUGCAAAAACAGAUUUCGUUUUAAGUACAUUUAUUUUCUCUAGGCUACUGACUCAAUUUUCACGGGUUAAAUAAGCUAAGUGUUCAGUAGAUUGAUCGUCACUGUUUAUCCUGGUGCGGCCAUUUUCUGCCUGGACCCCGGCCAUUCUCUUAGUCAGGACCUGCGAAAAGGAUGAGCGCGGUACCCACUGCGAUGUCGCAAUUCGUCAUGCUAAAGAAAACAAAAAAAGCAGCCAGAAUAGGCAGACCAGGUUGAUUAGGGACGAUAAAUCUACUGGGUAAUAUUCAACAGACCCUACAAAACAUCCAAAUUACGGGGCGUAAACCUAAGAAAAACACGAUGCCAUUGACUGCAGAACAAUAUUUGACUGCUCUUGAAAUAACGAAACAGAUGAAGUUUAACACUUUUCUUCAGUGUAAAAUGUGCAACGAGCUACUAUUCACUGUGUCUGAUUUUAUUGAACACAAAACAAAAUUCUGUGAAGACACUGUGGUCGAUGUAGAUGAUACUGGAUACAUUAAACCAAAUAGUGGUUUAAAUGAAAAAAUAUCCACUUUGGUUGUGACCAAUAGUACUAAAAAUUCUUUUAACGAAAAGAAAAGUGAUAAAUCAAAAAAUGAAGGUGUUAGCACUGAAAGCAAUAAAAAUGUAAAUAGAAGAAAAACAGAUGUCGAUGCCAAGACGUCCCCACGUGUCGAUGAAAAACAAACAAACAAAAUUUUAUUUGAAAAGCAAGAUGAAGAUGUUAUUCCUUCAGCAAAGGAAAACCUCAAAAUUACGAAAUGUGAAUGUAAUGCAACUUCAGCAAAAUGUAAUUGUGAAAUUCCUAGCAAUGAUGACAAACCAGUUUCUAUGGCAAAGACAGUGAUCGUUGACAACAACCAGGGCAUAUAUGAUGAGUUUGAUUGGAAUAACUGUGAUUACUUUGACGGCACUACGUGUUAUGUCAGUGAACCAUUAGAUGAUGAAUUUGUCAAGAUAGAAAAACUUAACUGAAAAUAUGUAAUAUAAAAAACUGGACAUAUUGGAAAGCGAUCGCUUCACCGCUUCCAGGCUAAUAUUUUUUUAGAAAUAAAUUUCUGUUCUAUCUGUUUUUACUAGUUAAUUUUCAAUAUAUUACAUAUUAUUUGCACCAUUUUGUUAUUGUCACAGAGGAAAUGUGAUAUAAAAAAUGGUCCAUAAUACUUUAAAAUUACAUGUUUAACCCUCCCAAUACCAGAUGAAAAAUUUGACACAAAGUGCUGUCCCUCAAGUUCCCCCUCUCUUUAUUCCUCAAUUUUUGAUAAUAAGUUUAAUAAAUGAAUGCCUUGAAUAAAGGAAAGCAAGUUAAAUUCUAAGAUAUUUUAAAACUUCAUGCAUUAAAAAACUUCACAUUUGAAAUCCUAAAAAAAUAUAAGAAAAAUAUUUUUUAAUUACACUCUUCAUAUGGGGGUGCUUCGUUGUACUUUGCAGAUGAAUUUCUUGCUCCUAUGGCACUUGCUUAUACUUCGGCAUCAAUGUUCCUGGGGCGGAAGUUACACCUCAAUCUCUUCCUCCUUUGCUGAUUGGCUGGAGGUAGUUGUCAUUAAUAUGUUAGUUGCUCACAUGAGACGAGACAUCUUCCCUUUGUUCUUCUUUCACUCGUUUUUCCAUUUGUUCCUCUGCAUUGUUCUGAACAGUUUGUACAUAAUGCUCCAUUGACUGCCAUAGUUCCAUUGGACGCCUGUUUCCAUUGCUAGGAUUACUCAGUUGUUUCUGGAUCAUGGGCACAUACAGUAUUUUGUCGAUUUCCAGUAUCAAAAAGCAUCAUCAGUGAUUGUAGCCUUUUUCCAAUGUGGGUGCAGUUCAUUCCAGAGGAUGAAUGCAUGUAUCACAACAAAAUCAAUUAAUUUUUUUUUUUUAAUUUUACUACUACUUCCUGGUAAUGUUUACUCAGUUGAACCCGAGAAGCAUCACUUCCUAAAUUAGAAGUACCAGUUGUGGUCCCAGAGAGAACCAAGCAUGUUAUUUAAACAACAAAACAUUGUAAUAAAUUUAUUGUUAAGUUGUAAUUAUAUAUAUAUUCUGCUGCAAGCAAUACAGACGGCUGGAGGAUAAUUGUCCUCCAGUUUGGUGAGGAAAAAUUGUUUUUUUAAAUAAUUUUACAUUUGAAAAACAACAGCAUGGUGUUAGUGACAGACCCCACCUGGUAUUCGGAGGGUUAAGAAACAUAUUUUAAGGAAUGUUUAUGUUUAAUGUACGAUCUGGUUGAUAUAUUUGUAGACUUUAUUUGUU